UCUGCAUAUGAGUCAUUUGUCAUCGCUGCCUCCAAGACUGGAUACUGUUGACAUGCAGUCUCCAAGAAUACCAGGUAGAAAACGAGGAAGACCCCCACUCCAUUCUACUGCGAUGAAAAUGGCUGUUCACAAUCUUUAUUCAGCACCAGGUGGAUCCUUACCCAUAGUGAAGAUCCCAAAGAAGAGAGGGAGGAAACCCGGGUACAAGCUAAAGUCUCGUGUUCUGAUGACUCCUUUAGCAAUCUCUCCUCCGAGAAGCACACCAGAGCCUGACAUUAGUUCAAUCCCUCAGGAUGCAGCUACAAUACCCAACUCAGCUGCCCCACAAGCUCUUACAGUUUGCAUCUACGUCAACAAACAGGCGAACAUGGGGCCAUACCUUGACAGAAAAAAGGUGCGACAGCUUCCAGAUCACUUUGGGCCUGAAAGACCUUCCAUGGUCCUACAGCAAGUAGUUCAGGCCUGCAUUGACUCCUCACUUCAGCAAAAGACCGUCUUCUCACUUGUCAAGCAGGGCUAUGGAGCUGAAAUGGUGUCAGUUUCUGCCUCUUUUGAUGGAAAGCAGCAUCUCCUGAGCCUGCCAGUUGUGAACAGCAUUGGGUAUGUCCUGCGCUUCCUCAAAAAACUCUGCCGCAGCCUAUUGUGUGAGAAUCUCUUCAGCAAUCAGUCUUUCGCACAAUACAGCAGCACUUCUGAACAUCCAAAGGAGUAUGAGAGUAGAAGGAUGGAGUCAGCCUCAAGUCCUUCACUGGAAAGAAAAGAUAUGGCUCGACCAUCAAGCAAGAAUCCUUCGACCUGGACCGUUGAUGAUGUGAUAUGGUUUGUGAAGGAUGCAGACCCACACGCGUUAGGUCCACAUGUGGAGCUUUUCAGAAAACAUGAGAUUGAUGGCAAUGCUUUGCUGUUGCUGAAAAGUGACAUGAUCAUGAAAUACCUGGGGCUGAAAUUGGGACCAGCACUGAAACUUUGUUACCACAUUGAUAAACUCAAGCAAGCAAAAUUCUGACAUUUUCUUAAUGACACAAUCUGAAUGAAAUCUCCAAGAGAGCAGACUAAAGGUAAUGUGUUGCCUUACAGAAAUAUGACCAUUUGCUAAUUGUUUUCCCCUCUUUUUUACAAAGGACUUUGUCUUUUUUAAUACUUGUGCAUCUUCAGCUUUUUUUAUUCCAAUGGGGUAUUUUUGGGUAUUUCUGUUAAUGAUUUUCCAAAAAGUAUAUAAUUAUAAUACUUAUUUUGUACCAUUAGUAUUGUUAUUAUGAUUAUAGUAAGUCCUAUUUUUGUAAUUUGACUUGAAAAAUCAGAAACAAAUACAGCUUUGGCAUACAUUCAGUAUUGUUGAAAGGCUGAAGAAGAGUCACUUAUUAGCUGCCUGUCAGCCUCUGGGGCAUUGCUAUCAUCAGGGUUGUAGCUAUACUGCAAAGCCAGCAACAACACUGACACAGCAGGCCUGGGAAAAAGUCCCAAGUUAAUUUUCUUUGCUGGUCAGUUAUUGUUGGGAACUGCCCCACGUCUUGCACUAUCUGGAAAACUUGAACUCUUUUGUUUAAAAACAUUUUUUGGAAGUUUAAGUACUUUGUCUUCCCACUAGAGGGAAAAUCCUAAUACAUUUCAGGCUGUAGCUGUGAUGACAUGGUGGUUUGGUAUGCUGGGGCCACCUUACAUCUAACAUGCGCACAUUAUGGAAUUGCAGUGGUCAACCCUUCACCAUUCAUAGGUAAUUAAUUAAGAAAACAAACCAAAACACAGACAGUAAUUUAGAAAGGAUGCUCCUCAUAAAAUGUAAGGAAGAGUGGAUAACUCCCAGUCUCUGGCAUUCUCAACUGUCUGCUACCUUCCUAGAGCCAUUCCUAGGUGGCACACACUUGUGGCACCCUUAAACAGGGAUAUGGUAGAAAUAUUCCCCGAAGCUGAAAACACAAUGCUCAUUGCAAAUUUGCAGCACUGUUAGAUUUAGAAAGAAGAUAUUCUAUUUCCUGACUGAAGCUACUAUUGUGGUAAUCAUGUUAACUUUCAGCACAUAUGCAAAUGUGCUGGGCUUAAGGUCUUAAGUUUAAAAUAAUGUCCUUCUGCACCAAAUAAAAACCAAAAAGAUGAUUUUCCACGGUCUAUGUAGCCAUGCCAAGAGAAGUAUAUUUUUGAAAAAUUAGUAAGUAACUUAUAUGUUGGCUAUGCCUACAUGUUCUCAUUUAAAUUUGUGAUUUAUCAAAAACAGACAUCAGUUAUUCAGUUUAAACAUUAUUAUCUUUAAUGGGUAUCCAGAUUGUUUAGCAAGGAUUUAGCUUCAUGAGAUAUUAAGGCUUUAUUAUAGCCAGACUCAAUCUAACUUUGAUAGUAGUUUCCUGAACCUGUGUGUGACGGUGAUCCAAUCACACCACCCAUUCUAUUUGUACAGAAAUUUUUUUUACCAAAAAUACUUUGUAGAAUAAAGCUCACUCUGCCAAAAGAUACUAAUUCAGGGCAUGAUCCUGAAAAUACUUAUGAAUGUCAGUAACUUUACUCCUACAAGUAGCUUCAUUGAACUCAUAGGCUGUGUCCACACAAACGCACACUUGUGUUUUGCGGUGCCUCAAAGGCUUUUCAUGGCUUUUCAUGGCUACUCCCAUGAAAAAAGUUACUUAUAGACAUGUAUAUAGGAUUGGAUAUUCAAAUGUCUGACCAGUUUUCAACAGAAAAUUUGUUAGAAUUGAAAACCUGAGCAACUGUGUUAAAUAAAAUUUCUGUAAUACCAUGAAACUUACUAAAAUCUAAACUUAAUCAGUUUUGGAACGUUACACCAAUCUGCAUCAGUUUACAUGCAUGUUGCAGAGACUGAAAGUCUACUCUGCCAGAUGUUAGUUUGAGAUGUAAAUAUCUUUGCACCAACAUGAAGGUUGUACAGUUCAUUGUUCACUGUUGUAGUUUUCAGGGUUGAGUCAUUUUCCUGCAAUAUUUAUUUAAUCUACUCUAAAUGCCAGAGCCUCAAAAUGUGUAAGGUUCUUGAAAUAUCUGGAGUGUCAUCCUCAGAAAAUCUAAAGACAAUCUAGCUUUCUUACAUGUUCUUUGAUAUAACCCAUCUCUGUUAAAAGGAACUCCUAUUUUAAUUCCUUAAAUGCCCACCCUCAUUGUAAAAUACCUUGUUCCAGAGUGGAGUAAAACAUUUCCAAUAGUGUUUUUCCAUUGAAAAGUACCUUUUUGUCAAAAGUAAAACUUCCUGUGAAAAUAUAUUGCUAGCAAUGACAUUUUAUUUUAAA